CGCUGAGGUGGCAGGCUCUGGGCUGGUCCUGACGGGCUGGCUGGCUGCUGGGCUCCGGGCGGAUGUCUGUGUGCGUCAGACGACGGUGGGGGAGAACUACCAUCAACACGCAGCGUCUCCGAAGGAAAACACGCAGAGGAGACGCGGAGCGCUAAAAGAGAAAACCAACCGGGCUAACGUUGGCAUCUGGAAAAGCACCGAGAAAGGAGACGAUCCUCCCACAUCCAGCCCCACACCCUGUCGCCAACCCGUCCCGUCUUUUUCCUCUCGACCACUUCGUGCCAUCCCUCUGGUCCGACCACCCCAUAGGAAACCCCCCAUUAGACCAGCGUUGCCAUUAAGCGAUGCGCUUUGAAUCUGGGAAGAAAUCCUCUCUGCGCUUUUUGAUGCAUAGCACAACCAGUGCUCUUCAUUUCCAGGCUAUGGAUUCGGGUGUUUACACUUUUCUGAUGGGUUUCCAGCUGUAAUAUAACAUGCAAAACAUCACCCUGUCAUUCCAUAGAUUGGCUGGAAUUUAAACAACCGGCUGUCACAUACGCCGGGGUGAGCUCUUAUGUGAUUUUUUUCCCCCUCAAGCUUGAAAACAACUCCGACAAUGGUCUUAGUACAGACCGCCUCAUUAAACACUUAGUAAUAAUCUCUAAAGACCUGUCAGCUGAAUAUUUCGAUCCCACCGAAAAAAAGCGGCAGAACUGACAAGGAGUUUGAUCGUGUAAGGACUUCGGGAAGUUCUUGCUCCGGAGGAAAGGCGUGGAUUGGACCGGAGACAUCUCGGCCAUAUCCACGGCAUUUUUGCUGUAAAGUUGAGAGGUCAGCGGGUUGCAGCCAUGCUGUCGCUGGACGAACCCCUGGACCUGAAACUACCUCGGAGGGCAAACGGGAAGGACAGGGGAACCCGCUCUCCUCUUCUCUCACCGCUGCAUCCCAAGCGGGUUCGCCAGCUGCAUAUGACGGAUGAUGGGACAGCAAUUAUAGAGCCCGCUUCACCUGCAUCUCCACACUCAGGUGUGCAGGUGGUCCCUUACGACCGGACUGACACCCCAACACCUCCUGCAGUGGACCUGAGCAUGUCUCCCUCCUCCCGACACACCCCCAGCUCUCCAGAAAUGAGCAACGGCAGUUACGUUCCCUCAGGCAAUUCUCACAUCUCGCAGGCGUUUCAAUUCUUUGUGCCAAUUGGUCCUGGAGCAGGACUUCACCUGCCAUCCUCUAUGUUCAUUGGCCAAACGAGUGACAAGCGGGCUUCUCCUGACCUUUCAGCGGAUGAACAACUUGCAUGUCACUGGAAAAAGUGCCACCUGCUCUUUGACUCUCUACAAGAUCUUGUGGACCAUGUCAACGACUUCCAUGUGAAACCUGAGAAGGAUUCUGGGUACUGCUGCCACUGGGAGGGCUGUGCUCGAAAAGGAAGAGGGUUUAAUGCCAGGUACAAAAUGCUCAUUCACAUACGCACUCACACCAAUGAGAAACCACACCGUUGUCCCACCUGCAACAAGAGCUUCUCACGCCUGGAGAACCUCAAGAUACACAACCGCUCGCAUACAGGUGAAAAGCCCUACAUUUGUCCUUACGAGGGUUGCAACAAGCGCUACUCCAACUCCAGUGACCGCUUCAAGCAUACGCGCACACAUUACGUAGACAAGCCCUACUACUGUAAGAUGGUAGGCUGCUUGAAGCGCUACACAGAUCCCAGCUCGCUGCGGAAGCACAUCAAAGCGCACGGCCACUUUGUGGCUCAGGAGCAGGGCCCCCCAAGCGGGGUAGGCUCUCUGCUGAAAGGAAGUCAGGGCGGAGGACCUUCUGGCGUUGGCAGUAAGGAUUCAGAAUUGCCCUAUGUCAGCGGAGCUCACAUCAUCAUCCCUGGAGCAGCUGCCGCUCUGCUGGGAGGCCACACCUUGCAGGGCGUAGGCGGUACUCUUCCCUUGUCCCCUCUUAGCCCAAGGCCCCUGGACCUCACCACACUGGGGAGCCCCAAUUCGUCUCCAGCCAGCCUAGGAGGCACAUCCAUCUUGUCCUUUAACGGCUCCCCUCUGGGCCUGGCUAAGGCCCCUUUACUUUCCUCUGCCUUCCCUUCCUCGGCCCUUGGCCUGCCAAUGGUUCCAGUGCUGGGCCCCACUUCAGAGCGUCGGCCCCACAGUCACCAGGCAAAGAGAGGCAGAGGAGAUGAAGCAGAGGAUGAGAUGGCUGGGAGGGUCCUAAACCUCUCCACAGGUGGGUCUCAUGAUCCCCUAUCGUGGGUGGUCAUUCCCCCAGGCGCUGUGGUGCUCAAGCCAGCUGUGGUUAACUGAUACAAACACACACAUACCCACGCCAUCUCACACACACACGCCCUCUAUCUCACACACACACAUUCCAAAAGAGCUCAGGGGGUUGAUUCCAUAGCAAGGAUGUGGGAUGUCAAAGGUGACAUGGAUUGGCUUGAACAAUCAAUUCCAGGCAAUGCAUUAAAAGGUAGGAGUUUGGAAAAAGACACACAUCACCUCACACAAUUUAAGAAUACAACGCAAGCCUCUUGUAUUGUUGAAGAACUAAACUUGAGGCCCAAGAUCUGUGUUCAGGAAUAUGUACAGUCCUGGAUUUGUAUCACAAAGCCUUAAAACAAGGCUCCUCUUUGCUUUCUUAUUUUAUACUUUACUCAUUCUGGCUGGUUCUGUGGAAAAGGACCGUAAACGUGACAGUCUUAGUGCUCUGUGUUUUUAAAAAAUGUCCUUCUUCAUCAUUGAGUAUUUAUAUGACUGUACUUUGACAGAGUGCCUCCAGCUUAGUGCUGAGGUACGGUGCCUCGCAAAAAUAUUCACACCCUUUGAGGUUUUACACAUUUUGCAACAAACUACUCCCAGGCAUUAAGCAGUUCAGAUUUACAUAAAAGUAACCGUGUUGCAAAUGAAAAACUAAAGGUGUGAUGUAUUUCUAUUCAGCCCCGUUUACUUUGAUUUUCCAGUGCAACCAAGUACAGCAGCAUAAACACAGCUGUUCUGUGGAGGCCUUUUAGGUCUCUUGGAGAACAUCAGUAGAGUUUUACAAAGACCAACUAGCACAAGACAGAUAUAAAAUGACUUGAGAAAGUUAUAGUGGUUUCUUUCCAGGGGGACAACAACGCUAAACAGCAAAAGCUAAACCAUUCUCGCGUUAGAAUGGUCCAGUCAAAGUGUAAUGACACUUGGAAACCGGUUACAAGACCUAAAAACGUAUGUUCAAGGUAGAUACAAUGUAUUACUAUGCAAUAAAUUGUGUUGGUUUGCAUGAAAAAAAAUUUAGAAUAGUUUUGUUGUUUGAAAAGACAAAGUGUUAGGAAGCUUAAGGGGUUUGAAUGCAUUUUGCAAGGCACUGCACACCACAAAGGAAGCACUCACACACACGCAUGUAAUAGAAAGAUGUUUCAAAUGUUCUGAACAUUUGAAACAUCUUCCAACAUAAAUUUGACAAACUUGCCGAACCAAAGCAAGUGAACUUAUUACGUCUUAUACUUCAUUUAAACAGAGAGCUUAACAGUCUCAACUUAUAGUAUUGAAACCUCAGAACUGCUGCUAAAUGUUUCUGCUCCUCCUGCUUCAUAAACUGGGCGAGAGCACUUUUGACAAUCCGUCCCCGGUCUUGUGGAGGGUGAUGAACACGGACCAGACCGGGGGCCGAACGAACAGACAAACGGUGUUUAGCCACCUUGCAAUGACCAACCAUUACUUCCUCUCUUUUUUUCACAAGUGAAACUUAAGGCACUGGUGUGUCUGACUCCCCCUACUGGCGGGACGUGUCGCAACCUCCCGACUCACAAAAACCAGCACUGUUCAGCUCCUGGAUUGUCCAGCUGCUUUACAGUAAUUCAAUCAACGGGACCUGGUUGUGUAUAAAAGGCCCUCAGUGGUGAUAAACACUGCAGCCUUGUAUUCUUUAAGCUAAAAUGACCCCAAACCAGCUGUGAAAAACAGGUGGUGGGCCUAUCUACAUGAGAUUCGACCCCAAUAAGCUUCAGCUGUGAAAAAAACAACAACAAAAAAAAAAACAAAGAGGGAAUGUUCACGUUGUUCCACAGCGGGAGAUGGGAUACACUCAGUGCUGCCUACAGCUGGACUGACUAGGACGCCACACUAUCCCUAACUGCCUCAUUUCAGUCUGUCCAAAGGGGCAAACAACAUGUAAAAAAAACUUCUGGGAAACACUUCAUGGUUCGAUUAAGCAGUAAACAUGCACUUACUAAAAACGACAUGUUUUCUAAAAUGUUAUAUUUAAAGAAAAUAGCUCUUAUUUCAGUCCCCUUACAAAAUUGUGCUUUUUGUUGGGAAUUUCGUCAGACUUGUGUUGCUCAUGCAGCUAUAGUGUUGAAAGAGGAUGGAGCAGGAGAGGAUCCUUAAAACUAAACAGACUGACAUCUCUCCUCGCUCUUCAUCACUCCUCCGUCUCUUUUGUCUGUGUUUGAUGACGUUGGCUGUUUUUGAGUGUAAUUUUUCAUUUUCAAAACUUAGGAGCAAAAGUUUUCAAUUUGAGAGCAAGACAUUUUAUGCCAUUGCGCUCCCCUGCACAACUCUGCUCUCACAAAAAAAAAAAAAAACUUGUUUGCUUAAUAAAUACUCUACUCUUGCAUCAACUCUAAUUUUUGCAAUCAGAUUUGAUGCCUCUCGCACAAAUAUCUUACGCUCUAUUUACACCUAAGGGCCAGUGAUGUCAAAGUCUCACCUGUGAUUCUGUUGGCUGUAACUGCUACCAACACUUUGUUCCAAGAGAAAGCAAAGAAAAUCUAAAAAGUUUUUAAAGCAUGACAUGUAGGAUUCAAACAGGAGCAGAAGAUAGUUGUGCAAAAGGGAGCAAGCAGAUUAUGCAGAACCUCUUUUGCAGCAGAACAUAUUUGGAACCAGAUAUGAUUAUUUUCAAGCGUGGGAGCAGAGUUUCAAAUCAGGGCAACACAUUAUCCGAAAUCAAGAAAUUCUCCUCUUAAAUUGAAAAUAGUAUGCUCAUAUUUUUUUGGCAGAAAAAUCCCCUUAUAACUGUUUCAUUUACCCGUUUCUAUUUUAUAUUUUUGCCAUUACUAUGAUUUUUUUUAUUUUUGCAGAUGUUCAGACGAGACAUUUUCUUUGUGAUGUUGAAGUUGCCUCUUGUGUUCUACAUGGCUGCUCUGCAAUCAGUUUUCUGCUGCCGGGGAUGAGUUUGUGAAGGGGUUGAAGUUGGGGGGAAAAGUUUUGGAUGGCUUUCCAGAGCUGCAGUUUCCAACCAGAGGCUCACACUUCACACGGAUGGUUAGAUCGAUCAGAAACUUCAAAAAGUUUACCUACAUUUUAAACUUGUGGAGAGUCAACUUUUUCGACUGAUUGGCAGCUUGAGAGGAAAGAGAAAGGGUUAUUAGGAUGAGAGAAUGGACAGGGGAGCUAUUAGGGUGGAAGUUGCGUGCCAGCAGAGGAAAAAGAAAAAAAAAAGCAACUUGCAGCCAUCCUAUGCUGCCGCUCUCCAUCUGGCCACCCACCCACCAAAACGGCCCUCUCAGCUCUGAAGUCACCGGCUGUGCUGGGCCCACUGUGGCAGCCUCUCACAGAAAUACCAGCCUGCAGAAAAGUAGGCCACUGAACUCUUCCUGCCCCCUCUCUCUUCUGUGUUACCCGUCUUCUUUAGAUUAAACCCGUGGCUCAAUUCCACCACCUCCUGGUUACAAAACAUUUACCAAAGAACACUAAAGUACACCAAGAAGAAUUAGUCUCACAUUAGAGCAGAAAUAUGUUAAUAACAUAACCCAUUGAGGUUAUUUUUUUUAUCAGUAUUCCUGCAGGACUAGCAAUCAAAAUCCAUUAAAACGGAUUAUUUACAAAAGUUCAAGAUGUCUAUUCCUUAAAAGUAAACAUUUUACCAUUUAAUGUCUAAGCUUGGUAUGUUAUGCACACAAACCAUUCAACUACUAAUGCUUAAAAAGUACACACUCAUUUUGAUUAAAUCAAAUUCUCAGUACGCACAUUGAACAUGUCUAUUACAUGAUAAAUGUCUUGCCAUACAAGUUGCACUACAAAGCUCCUUCCUAAUAACACCACCUCCACACACAGUUUAGCUCAAGCGUCAGGUCAGGUAUUGGAAACGAGUAGUCUGCCGUGUGAAUGGACAAACCUCGCAUGUAAUGUCGUCAGAAAGAGGCGUUAAGUAAGCCAGACAUGGUUUCCAUGGCAACAGCAGCGCCAACAGAUGCUGAAAGAGGCCAGGGACAGAGACUCAGCGCCGGCAGCAGAAAUCUCAGCACGACAUGGGUCCAAAUGGGAUCCACACAUUUUCGAUAUUAAAUAAGCUGUAUGAUCCAUUAACCCUUUGAGCUCAGCCUGUAAUAAUCUGCACUUUCCCCCCCCCCUCAACUGUAUACGUUUGGGGAUGCUGUCACAUUAUUUUCCAAUGUCUAAGCUGUGUUUGUGUUGUUUUUGGGAAAUAGUCGCUACGGGGUUUCAAGUAGGACUCUGUUAAACAUUUUUAAAAGUGGUACGGACUCCUGGAGUUGUUUAAAAUCCCAGAUGCCAGGACACAAAAAUGACCCACAUCAGAGGCUCGCUUUGCUGGAAGUGCCACAGUGUUGCACAAAGGGUUAAUGAUAUGACUAAGGCCACAGGAGGCCUGUUCAACUUACGUUUUUUUGCACAUUUGUGAGAUAUUAUGUCAGUAUUUUAAUUUUUCCAAGUGCCUUUUUUAUUACAGGUAAAUAUAGAAGUUAUACACUAUAUGAGAAAAAGUUAUAUGAAAAUAUAUUUUUCCUGGCACCAUGUUCUGUGGUUGAACAUGCAGAAUUUUAAGCGUUGUAAAAGUCUCCAAUUGGUACAACAUAGCGGUGUUCUCCUGUUUUAGAGGAAUUUUAUUACGAUAUUGAUAAUAAUGUCAAUGAAAACAAAAUGUUUAAUAAAGUUGCAUUUGAUAAGUGUG